AUGAAGGUCAAGAUAGUUUAUAAUAACGAAAUCCAUCUCUUCAAACAAUCAAACCCAACACUCCAAGGAAUCAGAUAACACAUCCAAAAGAUAUAUCCCAACAUCGAUUCCAACUUCACACUUGCCUAUAACGAUUCAGAAAAUGACCAAAUCACUCUGAGUUGCCAAGAAGAUCUAUAAGUCCUUAUUGAUGAAGGAACGCCAACUAUCAAAGUCUUUGUGUUAACCUCCAAAAAACCAUAAGAAUUCCCUCAAGGCAAGAUGGUUCAUAAGAGACAUACUUGCGAUGGAUGCUAUACAUACCCAAUCGUUGGAUCAAGAUUCAAAUGUCUCGAAUGUCACAAUUAUGACUUAUGUGAAGUCUGCCAAGCCAAAGGCCUACACAACAAUCAUAAGUUCUUUAAGAUAAGUACCCAAGAAGAAUUAGAAUAAUUCAGAAAGGAACAUUGGGGUAAAUUCGGACAUUGGGGUCAUGGAGGAUGUGGAUUUCAUAGAGGCGGACCUCAUGGACCUCAUGGACAACAUGGACCACAUGGUCAUCAUGGACCAUUUGGACAUGAAACAUUUAAACAAAUUAGAGAAUUCUUUUAGGAUCCUGCUUUCAAAGAAAUUAAGCAAACAGUAUGUACCAUUGCAAAGGAUACCUUUAGUGUAAUAAAGACAGAAUUGGAGAAACACAAGAACUCAAAAUAAGAAGAAUAAAAAUAAUAUGAGUGUAAUACAAAUGAUGUCCAAGAAACAUAAUAAGAAAUAUAAUAGGAACCAUAAUAGGAAAUUUAAUAAGAAAUAUAAUAGGAAAUUUAAUAAGAAACUAUUUCUUAAUAAAAUGAUUGCAAGAUUCAAGAGGAAUUUGAAGAGAAGGUUAAAGGAUUGAUUUAAGUGUUGUAAUGUGAUGAGAAAGUAGCCAGAGAAUAUGUUGAAUGCUUUAAGGGAUUCCCACUAGAUGAAAUUGUUGAUAUGUUAUUAGAGAAAUAAUGA